CUCAGCUGCACGCUCUCGCAAACGUGAAAUCUCUCCGCGAGGCGAGCGACCGGCUCGGGCCCCUGGUGGGCGGGCGGCGCAGCCGACGUGCAAGAUCUGGACCUGACCACCGAGGGUUCGAGUCUCGCACCACUCUGUUGCCGAGCCGUGGCAGCGAGGGGGCUAGGGGUGUGUUGGCCGAAGCGAUCGCUCUUGCCGCAUCGCACCCUCUUUCAGAGCCCCUCCCUUGUGCCAGGCCCAGGACGAAGUGGCGAGAUAGAUACCUGCCGAGGUGUUCGAUACCAGCCUGCAGACGGACCGGACGAUGAGUGAUAAUUUCGACGACGAAGUAAAGGAAAGGGAGAUCUCGAGCCAGGGUCCAGUGGAAGGCUGUGAACAGGACAGUAAAAGUGCCCUGGGCAGCCCUGCAUUCCCGGCCCCCCAGGAAGAGAAGGAAGAGGAAGCGGGGUCUGGGGCAGCUGCAGAGUUGGGGCCUCAGCCUGGUCUCUACAGCUACAUCAGAGAAGACCUGUUCACGUCAGAGAUCUUCAAAUUAGAAUUGCAGAACGUGCCCCGCCAUGCCAGCUUCAGUGAUGUCCGCCGCUUUCUUAGCCGCUUUGGCCUGCAGCCCCAUAAGACCAAGCUCUUUGGUCAACCCCCCUGUGCUUUUGUGACAUUCCGCAAUGCUGCUGAAAGGGACAAAGCCCUUCGGGUGCUACACGGUGCCCUCUGGAAGGGCCGGCCGCUCAGUGUGCGCUUGGCUAGACCCAAAGCUGACCCAAUGGCCAAGAAAAGGCGGCUUGAGGAUGAGGGUGAGCCGCCAGCCACAUGCAUUGCUGAUGUAGUAACCCCUCUUUGGACUGUGCCCUACCCCGAGCAACUUGAGCGGAAGCGACUGGAGUGUGAGCAGGUGUUGCAGAAGCUUGCCAAGGAAAUUGGAAACACUAACCGUGCCCUGUUGCCUUGGCUGCUCUCGCAGAGACACAAGCACAACAAGGCCUGCUGCCCCCUGGAAGGGGUCAGACCAUCACCCCAGCAGACCGAGUAUCGUAAUAAGUGUGAGUUUCUGGUUGGUGUUGGCGUGGAUGGGGAAGACAACACUGUUGGCUGCCGGCUCGGCAAGUACAAGGGUGGGACAUGUGCUGUGGCACCCCCUUUUGACACCAUGCACAUCCCCAAGACCACCAAGUGUGUGGUGAAGGCGUUCCAGGAAUUCAUCCGGUCCAGUCCAUACUCUGCUUAUGACCCAGAGACAUACUCAGGCCACUGGAAGCAGCUGACUGUGCGUACCAGCCGCCGAGGGCAAGCCAUGGCUAUUGCCUACUUCCACCCCCAGAAACUGAGCUCUGAGGAAUUGGCACAGCUGAAAGCUUCCUUAGUACAAUACUUUGUGACAGGGCCAGGCAAGGCCAGUGGGGUGACCUGCCUCUAUUUUGUGAAGGAGGGACAGCGAAAGACUCCCAGCCAGGAAGGCCUGCCCCUCGAGCACAUCGCUGGGGACCGAUACAUCCACGAGGACCUGCUGGGGUUAACCUUCCAGAUCUCCCCUCAUGCCUUCUUCCAGGUGAACACUCUGGCAGCUGAGGUACUGUACACAGUCAUCCAGGACUGGGCCCAGCUGGACACAGAGAGCACGGUACUGGACGUGUGUUGUGGCACUGGCACCAUUGGCCUGGCUCUAGCUCCGAAGGUGAAGAGUGUCGUGGGGAUUGAGCUGUGCCAGGAAGCUGUGGAGGAUGCCCGGGUCAAUGCCCACAACAAUGAACUGAGUAAUGUGGAGUUCCACUGCGGGCGGGCAGAGGAGCUGGUGCCUGCCCUGGUGAGCAGACUGGCCUCCCAGCAGCUUGUAGCCAUCCUGGACCCUCCCCGUGCUGGUCUGCAUUCCAAAGUGAUCCUAGCCAUCCGCAGAGCUGAGAACCUCAAGCGGCUGCUCUAUGUAUCCUGUAAUCCCCGGGCAGCCAUGAGCAACUUCGUGGACCUCUGCAGGGCUCCUUCAAACCGGGUGAAAGGCACCCCUUUCAGGCCAGUCAAGGCUGUGGCCGUGGACCUGUUCCCACAGACCCCACAUUGCGAGAUGCUCAUCUUGUUCGAAAGGGCAGAACACCCCAAUGGUGUUCUGGUAACUCCAGUCGAACCCCCAAAAGGACCUCAAGAUAGCAUCCUGCAAGAAACUGCAACCUCUACCUCUUCCUGCCCCCAAAAGCAGGAAGAGCAUUAAAGCAAAGCCAGAUUGUCAUUACAGGGACAGGCCAAGGGAUUACUUAAGUCCUACAUAUGGCUCCCAGAAUGCUCAGAGGACUUGAGACCUGUCCAGAGCCAGCCAUCCAUAUGGGCUCCUGGAGCCCGCCACCCUCCCAAUCUGCCCAAGUGUUUUGGACAGGAGCUGGGCCAAGUGGGCCAGAAUAAACAAAUCAUUGAACUAC